AUGUUUAAACAUUCAGUGAAAGUACCUAGAUUAUAUAAAGUAGCAGCAGUGAUAGCAAAGGAAGUAAGUGACGGCAAAGGAAGUAUCAAACAGCUCGUGUACGAGAAACAAAAAAAACAUCCCAAUAUCAAGGCUCUAUAUGCUCUUGUGAGUACACUUUACCAGAGACAAGGUGAAAUCGAUCGUUUACUCAAGCGUUCACAGUUUUUGGAGAAGGAGCCUCGCUCAGACAUAUGGCUAUCGAAAAUACUGAUUGUAGAGCUGUUGUGGGGCCGCAAAACCCUUCCGGGGCAGAGCAAACCCGAAAAUACAGUCCGUGCAUAUGAACAGAUAUUCAAAGCCCAUCUGAGUGAUGAAAAACCAACAGAAAUUGUCAUUUCUCAAGGUACCUUCAAACCUCGCUAUGUAAGAGUAAAUUCCUUGGCCCUCACUCAGAAUGAGGCAGUUGAAGGUUUCAGAGAGGAAGGUUGGACCCUGUCAAAAUUCUUGGACAAGACCAAUUACAAGGAGUUUCUCAACAAAAUUGCUUUGCUCAAUGAGGAUGAAUUCAUGGUGGACAUCCAUAUCCCUAACUUAUUGAUAUUUCCACCUAAAACAGAAUUCUACAGACACCCAGCUUACAAAAAUGGGUCUCUUAUACUCCAAGAUAAAGCGAGUUGUCUGCCCGUCCACAUCCUGGCCCCGCCGCCGGGCAGCAAAGUCCUGGACAUGUGUGCCGCCCCCGGCAUGAAGACCACCCACCUGGCGGCGGCUAUCAACGACGACGGGACGGUGUGGGCCGUCGAGCGGGACAAGCGACGUUUCGAGACUCUCGAUAAGAUCGUCUUGUCCUCGGGCGCGAAAUGCGUGAAGACCGUGAACAAGGACGUGUUAACAUGUAAUGCCGAGGAUUUUCCGGGGGUCGAGUACGUUUUGGUCGAUCCGAGCUGUACUGGGUCCGGUAUGUCCGACCGCGUGGAAGCCAACCAAAUGGCCGGGGACCAGAACCGUCUGGAAAAACUGACCGGGUUCCAGAUCAAGAUCCUCAGGAGCGCCCUGACCCGCUACCCGGACGUCAAGCGAGUGGUCUACUCCACUUGCUCCAUAUACCCGGAAGAAAACGAAGAUGUCGUUCGACAAGUCCUGGAGACAAAUUACAAUUUCAAGCUGGUGCCUGCUCAACAGUAUGUCGGUGAUGUUUGGCAGAAUUUCGGGUCCUCCGAGUACGGGGAUAUUGGGAAGUUUUGCCUCUAUGCCAAGCCCGAGGAAGAUUUGACUAAUGGGUUUUUCGUGGCUGUGUUUGAGAGGUUGAAGGAGGGAGAAGAGAACCUGUUUUUCAAUACGAGGAUUUUCAAUUUCAAGAAGCAUGUCCAGGCUAAAGAACGGAGGAGGAAUAGGAAAUUUGAUAGAGGAGUAAACGAGGAUGGGGAGGAAAAUGUUGAUGUACAAGAACAGGGACAAUUGCUGGAGAAAAAAAGUGAAGAUGAAUCAUUGGUUGAAACAGAUCAGACGAAAAUUGCAGAAACUGAAACCGCUCAUGAAGAUGCAGCUAAUGGUGAUCAGUCCAGAAAAAAGAAGAAGAAAAAGAAAUUUGAAGAAGCACCCCGAAUUAGUGAAGAAGACAUAUGCGCAGAAGUGGAAGUAGAAAAGAAAAAGAAGAAGCAGAAGAAAAAGGAGGUUGAGACCAUAGUAGAGGAACAUAUUGAGCCACCCCUUACCAAAAAGAGGAAAUCAAAAUCAAAUGAAGUUGCUGUUGAGGCAACUGAGGAAAAUACUGAGAUGAUCACUGCUGAUGAAGUGAAAGCUAAGAAAAAGUCAAAGCAUUCAAAAUCAGAAAAUGUUGAAACAGAUUUAGUUGUGCAAGUAACUCCGAAAAAGAAGAAAAGACAUAAAGAUGACUGUUAG